AAUCAUUUUGUUUUGUUUGUGAAGGUACCAUAUUUUCCAAAAUUUUAUAUUGGAGGCAGGGACUAUAUGAAAUAAAGACCCCACCUAACUCAUUUAAGCACCGGAAUAUCUUCUUCAAUGGAACUUUUCCCCUCCGGGAAGAAUCACAGCGACAACAAGACUGUUCCCAAACUAAUCCUACCCCUGUUUCUGACCGUCGUCGUCCUCGCCGCCUUCCCGCUUUACUACACCUUCAACAGAGCCCCAACUGUCCACGAACUCGAUCUAUUCCUCUCUACCUCCCCCGACGGCGGAACCGGGCCGGAGCCGAGCAGAAACAGCAAAGCCGCGGCGCCGGCGGCCGAGAUCGCCAGAAGAUGCGACAUUUCCACCGGGGAUUGGGUUCCCGACCCGACCGCCGCUCCUUCUUACAGCAACGAGACUUGCUGGGAGAUUCAGGAAACCCAAAAUUGCAAGAAGUUCGGACAGCCGGACAAUGGCUACUUGAGGUGGCGGUGGAAGCCGGACGGCUGCGAGCUGCCCGUUUUUGACCCGGUCGAGUUCCUGGAACUCGUCAGGGGAAAGGCUUUGGCCUUUGUGGGAGAUUCAAUCGCCAGGAAUCAUAUGCAGUCACUGGUCUGCCUCUUGUCAAGGAUUACAUACCCUUCAGAUAUAUCAAACACGGACAACCGGCGAAGCUUGGUGUACAGAGAUUACGACUUCAACAUCACCCUGUUCUGGUCGCCCUAUUUGGUCAAGACAGGGGUAACAUAUUCUGAGAGCAACAAAGACAACCCCUUCGACCUCUACCUGGACGAAUUCGACGAAUCUUGGACCACGAAAAUCAAAGAUUUCGACUACCUGAUAAUCAACGCCGGCCACUGGUUCUUCAGACCGACCAGGUUUUACCUGGAGGGCAAACUCGUGGGCUGCCUCUACUCCUGGGAUCCCAAUGUCACCCAACUGACCAGUGGCUUCAGCUACCGGCGCGCUCUAAAGACCGCGUUCCGGGCUGUCAAGAGCAACUUCAAGGGCGUCGCGUUUCUGAGAACCUUUACGCCGCAACACUACGAAAAUGGGCCUUGGGAUAGCGGCGGAGAGUGCGCGAGGACUGAGCCGCUUAGGAGGAACGACUCGGCGGCUCUUGCUCAGUUUAAGUUUGAUGUAUAUGAUAUUCAGAGAGAGGAGUUUGGGGUUGCAGAAGAGGAAGGGAGAAGGAACAGUGAUGGGGUGGUGAGGUUAAGGUUGUUUGAUGUAACUCAGGCGAUGUUGUUGAGACCGGACGGGCAUCCUAACCGGUACGGCCACCCCCAGAACCCCAACAUCACUUAUCACAAUGACUGUAUCCAUUGGUGUUUGCCUGGGCCUAUUGAUACGUGGGGCGAUUUCUUCAUGGAGUUGCUGAAGAGGGAGGUGAUCGAUCCAAGAUAGAGGACCAUCAACUUGACAUCUUUUGAUCUCUUUUGUUUUUUUAGUUGUAGUUUGUGCUCAUUCUAUUUUUUUUCCACUUCUUUUUUUAUUCUAACCACUGUUUGAGGUGCUUUUCCAUACUUAUAAGCUGGUUAAAAUUGUUGAUGGAUUGCUUCUCAAGGAUUUUGUUCCUCCAUUUUUGGCUAUAUACCGCGUAAAUCCCCCUUUUCGUUUUGUGUUGGAUUGCUUCCCAAAAUACUUUGACCAUGGAGUUUGAGCUUGGACCUCCAUUCUUCUUUUCAUUGAGCAAAAUGAACCACAACACAACAACAUGGCUAUUUGUUCAUGGUCUCACGGAUGACGCCAAAAUGAUGGUAUAAAUUAUUUCGAUUGGAAUAUCGCUCUUAGUUGAGUAAGAACAAUAAACUAGUCUAACAAUU